GGAGUUGCAAAAGCAAGCUCGCGCUCCUCCAGGUUGAUUAGCUGCCACUGGAUUCCAUUAUAUUCGAAAUAUAUAAAGUCCAAACCCCAUUUUUAAUCCAUUAUAAACAACUGUCCUUGUAUCCCGUCUGUCUAUUUUUAUUUUGAGUGAACCAUGGCAGAUAAAGUCGGCCUUGGAGUUCCAAAAACAAGCUCGCGCUCAUCCACGUCCCUUCCUCCGGAGCCGAUCGAGAUCAUCCGCACCAAAGCCCGCACCAGAAGAGUGCGGAUCAACGUGGGAGGCCUGAACCACGAGGUGCUAUGGCGGACUCUGGACCGGCUCCCGCGCACGCGUCUGGGCAAGCUGCGCGACUGCAACACGCACGAGUUGCUCAUGGAGGUGUGCGACGAUUACAGCCUGAACGAGAACGAGUACUUCUUCGACCGGCAUCCGGGCGCGUUCACGAGCAUCCUGAACUUCUAUCGCACUGGGAAGCUGCACAUGAUGGAGGAGAUGUGCGCGCUCUCGUUCGGACAGGAGCUCGAUUACUGGGGUAUCGAUGAGAUUUAUCUGGAGUCGUGCUGCCAGGCGCGCUAUCAUCAGAAAAAGGAGCAGAUGAACGAGGAGCAGCGGAGGGAAGCGGAGACACUGCGCGAGAGGGACGGAGAGGGGGAGUUUGACCACUCCUGCUGUCCUGAUAAGAGGAAGAAACUGUGGGAUCUUCUGGAGAAGCCCAGCUCCUCAGUCGCUGCUAAGAUCUUGGCCAUCAUCUCCAUCCUCUUUAUCAUACUGUCCACCAUCGCUUUGUCGCUGAACACGCUACCUGAGCUCCAAGUGAUAGAUGAGUUUGGUCAGGCAAACGAUAACCCUCAGCUGGCACACAUUGAGGCUGUAUGCAUCGCCUGGUUCACCAUGGAGUACCUGCUGCGCUUCCUGUCUUCACCCAACAAGUGGAAAUUCUUCAAGGGACCUCUAAAUGUAAUCGACUUGUUAGCCAUCUUACCUUACUACGUCACUAUAUUUCUGACCGAGUCAAACAAGAGUGUGCUGCAGUUCCAGAACGUGCGGCGCGUGGUGCAGAUUUUCCGCAUCAUGAGAAUCUUGAGGAUCCUUAAGCUGGCGAGACAUUCGACUGGACUCCAGUCACUUGGCUUUACGCUCAGGAGGAGCUAUAAUGAGCUAGGCCUACUCAUACUGUUCUUAGCAAUGGGAAUUAUGAUAUUCUCAAGCUUGGUGUUUUUUGCUGAGAAAGACGAAGACGCAACAAAAUUCACAAGCAUACCAGCUUCAUUUUGGUGGGCCACUAUCACCAUGACGACCGUUGGGUAUGGAGAUAUCUAUCCACAGACUCUGCUUGGUAAAAUAGUCGGUGGGCUUUGCUGCAUCGCAGGGGUGUUGGUGAUCGCUUUACCAAUUCCCAUCAUCGUCAACAACUUCUCAGAGUUUUAUAAGGAGCAAAAGCGUCAGGAGAAAGCCAUCAAGAGACGGGAGGCCUUAGAGCGAGCGAAGAGGAACGGUAGCAUUGUCUCGAUGAACCUGAAAGACGCCUUUGCCAGGAGCAUGGAAUUAAUCGACGUUGUGGUGGAGAAGAGUGAAGACAAACCAUCCUUCGAUAAUCACCUGUCUCCAAGCAGGUGGGGAAUUCCGAAGCGUGCUUCCUCGGAUGCCAGUUUAAGACCAUUUGAUAGAAAGGUUGGAUCACGGGAGUGUUUUAAAAGCUCAAGUCCACAGCAUCUUAAUGUUCAGAAGCUAGAAGAAAUGUACAACCAGAUGAGCAAAGCACGAUCCUUAUCAGAUCUCGACAAGAAUCAGAAUGCUUCCGGGCCAAAGCAGGAAGCACAGAAUGCCAAAUCUGGUCGACAACGGAAUAGACCUGUUUCAGAUGUGCCACACAUGGCGAGCACUGACAGUUUUGGAAGCUGUACUGAUGAACUCAGAGAAGCUAGCAAGUUGACCCCUUCAUCCAAAGACGAUGAUAAGCGCUCUGUGAAGAACACCACAAGUUUGGUGGAAAGUAGUAAUCCAGUUGAGACACCAUUGGACACGUUCCAAAUUAGUCCUGAACAGAGAAGCCAAUUCGAUUACGCACCUAGUGGUCACGUAACGUAUAACGAAGAUGAAGAGUGUAUUGUGGACGACAACACAUUUUUAAUUCAGAGCAUUAACCCAGGCAUGAGAGUAAAUUUUCUAGAAAGUACAGAUGACGUUCCUUUGACACCUCCAAGCACUUCCUCUGCUCAGGAACUCAGCAUCAGUCUUCUGGAAGAUGACAACUCACCGGAGCAAGAAAGCUCUACACCUUUUCCUGAAUCAGUAAUACUAGCUAGAAUCCCAGAACAAGGACUAAUCCUUUCUCCAAAGCUUCCUGUCGGCGAUUUCCAUCCAAACGAGACUUUAUCGCUCCUCGAGGAACAUGAGCGAGAGUCCACAGAGGAGGACAUUGCUGGCACUUCGAUUCCUUCACCCAAAUUUACUGCACAAAACUGCACUCAGGACGGAGUGGGUGACAACGCAGAGGGAAAAACCGAAAGCAACCAAAGUGGACACAUAGUAGACAAUCACAUGUUUACGCCAGAGAUUCAUCUCAUGCCAGGAGACGGGGAUAUUUCACAAACUAGCAUGUGAAACACUGGAAGAUGAAAAAAAAAAAGGAGGAGGAGUAGCGAAAGAUAUUUUUGCAUGGCAUGAAAAUGAAAAGGUCGUUAUAUUUGUGGCAUUGUCUGCAGGAAAUGUCGAAACAGUCUUCGAGGAAAAAGAACGUAUUUAUCUAAAAAAAAAAAA